AUGCCUCAUCCGAUCAUCGUCAUUGCCAGUUUCUUGGCCGCGAUCAGGUCGACGUGGGAACUCUCGCGUGUGGUCCGCGAGAAACGGGCUGCCAAGACUGAAGACCGAGGAAAGAGCACCCUCAUUCUUCUGCAACAAGCCUACCGCAAAGGACUGCUCCUAGAAAGAGAGUUCGAUUACCUCUUCGAACGCUUAAUGCGUGCAGAGGCCUGCAACGACGCUGCCGCACUGCGGAAGAUUCGUGCCGACUUCCAGGCCAUCCAGGCAAGGCCAUCCUGGCGACGGGUGGUGGAACGAGAGAGGGACAUAGGGACAUGGACUACUAAGCUGGCUGGCCCUGGUACAUAG